AUGGGCGCUUGUAUGAGCUCAAACAAUGACGAGGUGUUGAGGAAGAAGCACAGUCAAGCGAUCGACAAACAACUCGAGGAGGACUCUAAAAGCUACGAAGAGAAUGCAAGAUUCUCCUUCUCGGUACGAAACGCCAACUCGCGCGCUUCACAGAGCGUCGAUCCCUUGCGACGCUCCGGUGAAAGUGGAAAGUCGACGAUUGUGAAGCAGAUGAAGAUUAUUCACUUAAAAGGUUACUCCGACGAUGAACUCAAAAACUACCGCCCUACCGUAUUCAAGAAUCUCGUCGAGUGUGCCAAGGCGGUCAUCCAGGCAAUGCACCAGUUUGAUAUACCCUUUGCCAAUGAAGAAAACAGCAUGCACGCCAAGUUUCUGAUGGAGUACUCUGCUGAGUCCGGACCGCAAGCGAAUAUCGAUCCCGCCAUUGGCACUGCCGUCAAGGCUAUCUGGAAUGACCCGGCAAAGGAUAUUCUAAUGGAAAGACAGACCGAGUUCUACUUGAUGGACUCGGCGCCCUACUUUUUCAAAGAGGUCGAACGCAUCGUUUCGCCCAACUAUCUCCCUACCGAAAUGGAUGUCCUGCGAGCCCGAACGAAGACGACUGGUAUCUACGAGACUCGAUUCCAGAUGGGCCAGCUCAGCAUCCACAUGUUCGAUGUCGGCGGCCAGCGAAGCGAGAGGAAGAAGUGGAUACACUGCUUCGAGAAUGUCACAUCCAUUAUCUUUUGCGUGGCGCUUAGCGAGUAUGAUCAAGUGCUUCUUGAAGAGAGCAGUCAGAACCGCAUGAUGGAGAGUCUUUUGCUCUUCGACUCUGUGGUCAACUCUAGAUGGUUUAUCAGAACCAGCAUCAUCCUGUUUUUAAACAAAGUCGACAUCUUCCGCGAGAAGCUCAGCCGGUCACCUCUCGGCAAUUACUUCCCAGACUACUCGGGAGGUAACGAUGUGAACAAGGCUGCCAAAUACCUACUAUGGAGAUUUAACCAAGUCAACCGAGCACACCUCAAUCUUUAUCCACACCUGACACAAGCGACCGAUACCUCGAACAUUCGACUCGUAUUCGCGGCCGUCAAGGAAACGAUAUUGAAUAAUGCCCUUCGCGACUCGGGCAUCUUAUGA